GUACUAUAUAAAUCCAGGCUUGUCAAAUGUUGAAUCAAAAUUGAAAAUAUAUCGAAGACGAACAGUUUACUUGGUCACAUUUUCACAAAAACUUUCAUUGGUGAGUUUAAUAAUGAAGUAUCUUAUUUUAUACUAAGUAUAGUCUGUCAAUUCCUUAUCUAUACUAUCCUACGGAAUUAUUUCGUUCAGUUAGAGCUAGUAUUCUGGAAUAAUAAAUAUAUAGCGUAACAGGAGGCUACAUUAUCUAUACAUUGAUGCACUCACUAGUACUUGAUUUUAAAUCUCUAUAGUAUGUUUUAGAAUUGGCAUUUUAAAUUUCGAAUUUCGUUCGUUUCGUCAUGGCGAACAACGUAUCCGUUUCUUUCUACAUUCCCUGGUUUGGGAGUUAUGGUUAGGGUUGAAAACGGCCGCGCCAUGUAGAUAGAACAAACUGAUCUAGCAGAUUUAACGCAUAUCUCAAUUUAUGUGCCACAUACUACAUGUAAAGAACUAAGACUACUUUGUCGGGUUUAUAUACUAUAUAAUGUUUGUACAAAGUAACUCGUACACACGAGUAUGUUAAAGUGUGAUAUUUAUAUUUCAAUUAUCUUCAGGUAUAAAAUAAAGAUGUCUCAACUAAGAAAUGACAAGACCUCAGAUAUCCAAACCACGCGAGCACAAUGGGGGCAAGUACACAACUCAACAAAGUCAAAAUUAUCAUCCAUUAAUUUCACCAACACAGAGAAUGGGACAGAGGCUUCACAGAGAGCAGUCAGUUAUAGAAAUGACGAUUUAAAUAAGUUUUCUGUCAGUAUUGAAUAUAUUGCGUUACACGAAUGUUAGCUAUAUUAACUUAUAGGAAUAUUGACUUUUUUAUUACUAUCCGGAAAAAAACAUCACAAGGACUAUAGGUUAAGUUUGGGGUAAGAUCAGUAUUAAGCUUGGGUUAAUAUUAGAGUUAAGGCGUAAAAACAAUACCUGUGGUUCCGGUUCCCGACCGACCAUAUUUUUUUUCUGCCGACCCUAUUAUUUUUUCAACGCGAUCGACCGUGCGACCCUAUUUUCUCCAGGUGGUUGCAGGCUGCUCAUACAGCAUGUCAAAAUGGCGUCUGUUGUCACACUAAUUAUUGAACCAAAUUGCCUAAAUUUGUCCAUAGGAAAUACGCAUCUCCAAUUAAUAUUGAUGUCGGGACUCUACUGCAAAUCGUCCAGCAAAAACCCACCAAAACCAUGAAAAAAAUAUUCAAAAAAAAUUUAUUUCCGACCUACCGACCCUAAUUUUUUCACGAUAUAAAACCAGAACCACAGGGGUUUUUUACGCCUAAAGUUAUGGUUACAGUUAGGGAAAGGUUGAAGUAAAGAUUUAUAGGAUAAAGUUAUUGGAUUUGAAGGUUAGCAUAAGCAAUACGUUUGAGAACCUGGUGAACAGCGGGAAUUUCAAACUAAUGAAAAGGCAAUGGAACAUAUGCUGAAUCGUAAGGCCAAAAAAAUAUGUGAGUUUCCGGUCAAAAUCCCGACCCUAAACUUUUUUAUUGGAUUAUGCUUGUAAGGGUUUCCACUUAGAGGAAAAAGUUUGUGGAAAAUUGAAAUUUGAGGCAAUAUUAGGGAAAUUUAUCUUUGGAUGUGGAAGCACUGACUAAACAAAAUGGCGUCCGGUUGUUAGGAAAAUUUAAAAAAAAGUUUUAAAAAAAAGUUAAAACCGACCUACCCCACCUAAGUUUUUAUAAGAAGAAACCGGAAACCCACAUUUUUUUUUGGCGUAAUUGCAUUCAAAUGGUCACUGACUGAUAUAGAAUACUUUCAAACCCUUACUUCUUUCAGACAUGAACAACUAGACUUGAACGCUCAAGUAGAAUCGAGUGAAAAUCAUGUAACACGAAACAACAGAUAUGGCAAAGCUGCUUUAUUCUUCUUUGUUCUACUGGGGCUUGCAACAGGAGCAGGUAUAGGAUCUAAAGUCCCGGGAGUGGAGAAAGCUAUCGCUAUUCUUGUAGGUGCAGUGAUAGGAUUAAUCGGGUUUGCAGUCGUUGGCUUGUUCAUCUACUGCAUUUUCAAGUGCAGGUUUGAAAAGCAGCGAGAUGAUAGGCAAAACUUUCAGCCUUCAAACCUGGGAGAUAUAGCACUGGUUGAUGAGAUGAAUGGGGAAAAAAGGCGGCCUGGGUGAGAUAUGCAAUAAACUGAAUGAUCUUGAGGAAGGGAAUAUGCAAAGUGGACGCCGUGUUUUAGCUCAGGACAUUGAAGCAUACUGAAUGAUCUUGAGGAAGGGAAUAUGCAAAGUGGGCGCCGUGUGUUACCUCAGCAUAUUGAAUGUUAGAAAUGCAUCACUCAAACGUUACAAGGCUGGAAUUAUUUUCCAGUACACGUUAAUACACUUAUAUUAUCACAGUCUUAAACAAACCUUUAAUUAGAACAUCUCAUAGAACUCUUAGUAUUUAUUCGCAUUUAUCCUGUAGCAUUAGAUUUUAACACUAUAAAGAAAUUUGUUUUUAUUAUACUGUUGUAGUUUUAGGAUAGCACGUCGUAAGUUAUUGUCUACUUUAUAUAUAUUCAAAUGAAAUUGUAUUACGUGUAUGUCUAUUUUGUAAUUUCGACUGCACAGUAUGAAUCGAUAGCCUUAGAUAUACGUAUUAAGAUAUGAUAUAAUUAUUUAUAUAUACAGUACACUUAACUAAAAUUUGAUUUUACAGUACUAACUUUGCUUUUCAUAAAAUAUAAAUUUUUAAAAUAACAUAAAAAGCUAAAAAGUUAAAACGUAUCACUUUUUUACAUUCAGAAAGGAUUAAUUGUCCUGGUUGGAAAACUAUUUAACUGCCUUCAUUGUCUGGAGGCGUGAAACAUGACUCGCACUAUCCAGGUCAUAUUUCAGAUCAGUGGCCUGUGGCAGCCUGCUUCUGCCUUCCGAAUUCCAACACUCCCGUGUGUCUGUACAAACGUCGCAAUAGAAUCUGGACUCACCUUUUCAACUGGAUGGAUUAAUAUUCCGGCAUCAAUGGUUGAUUAUAACUAUACCCUAUUGCACUGUCCUCCUCCUCGUCAUAAACUGGGACCAACUCAUCUUCAAUUAUAGUAUCCCCAAUGCUCCCGGAGACGUUGUCCUCGAAUCCAUAGCUACCCCACAUACCCUGUUUGCUGUGGAAAUAAUGGUAGAAUUCCGGUACUCGAAGACGCUCAAUUUCCAUCCCUUUUGUUAGACAUCU